AUGGAUCCAACCUCCGGCCUUAAAGGUUGGAUCUGCAACUGCAGCGUAUAUCACGACUGCCCGCCUUACGGCUUUAAGGCCACCAAUGAUCAAUUGAUAUCAACGAAGCAAAGCAAAAAGUGCAUCGCUGUACACAGAAAUAAUUGUCUUUGUAAAUUCAAUAGACGAAGAGGCCGGCCGUAUUCUGCAACACAGCCUCAGUGGUUACAUGCCCAAAAACCUCGCGAUACGAAACCAUCGAUUUUGAGAGGCUAUAAUCACAGUCAAAAAGGAACAAGGAAAAUGGAGGUUCAGUGGUCAGCAAUUGUUAUACAUUCUGCGCUGGAAAGGGGGCAGAAGUCUCUUCAAGUGGGGCUCCUAAAGCUAUCAUAUCUUUGUAGCGAGGAGAAAAACGGCCGCGCUAUGUCAGCUAUUGAUUACAGCGAGAGAGAACUCGUUUGUUUUUUGCUCAGGGUAUUAGUCAUUAUUUGGCUACGGAUGUUCGUUUUGGGCGUUCCAACAAGAUCCGAUGAAGCACUAGUAAUAAUACUCGUCUUAAGAAGGCCGUUCGAUCACUCCGGGUAUCACGCAAUAGUGCGGGGGGAGAGGGGAGGAUUGAUCCGCAAUCAUACACAUUCCUCCCGAUAUAUCUACAUACAUGUACCCCAACUCGGCGUACAGUACAUGAAGGGGGGUGGUACCAUGUGCAUGUAUCCGCACUAUUACAUGCGACCUAUAAGUACGGCGCUGGCCACCGUCAUCAACAUCACAGGUGUAGUACUUGCAAUUUAUGGUAUACCACUGGCGUUGAGUGUCAAUGACAAUUAUCGGAGAGAGGGGGUUCACGAUGUUUAG